CAAUCUUAAAUUUAAGUGCAUUACUCUACCCUGUGGAUGACGUUUGUUUUGUUUAUGUGUCAAGUGGUGUCUGUUACCGUCCCUGUUGAUACUUUAUUUAUGUAAAAUGUGUGAUUUAAAUGAUAAUCCGUUAAAGCUUACAGUUAAAUGGAAUGGAAAGGAGUAUACUAUACCGGAGUUUUCUCCAUCUGAUUCCGUGGCAAUGCUCAAAAUUGCCAUAGAAAAUGCUACCGGAGUUCGACCGGAAAGGCAAAAAUUACUCAACGUGAAAUUUCAGGGGAAAGUAGCGACUGAUAAUUACACAUUAUCAGAACUGAAUCUAAAGCCGAAUCUGAAGAUUAUGAUGAUGGGUUCAUUAGAAGAAGCAAUAGAAGGUGCUAGGACAAAGCCAGAUGUUGGUGAUGAAGUGGUCAAUGACUUGGAUAUAGAAGAAGAGGAGGUGGAUGUUGAAAACCAAGAAAUUUACUUGGCAAAAAUAAACAAACGCAUAAAGGAUUAUAAAAUAAAUAUAUUAAAUGAAGCCCGCCCUGGAAAGAAAUUGCUGGUCCUGGAUAUAGAUUACACUCUAUUUGAUCACAGAUCAGUUGCAGAGACUGGUUAUGAGCUCAUGCGUCCAUUUCUACAUGAGUUCCUUACAUCAGCAUAUGAAGAUUACGACAUAGUUAUCUGGUCGGCCACUGGCAUGAAGUGGAUUGAAGAAAAGAUGCGGUUAUUGGGAGUGUCCACACAUCAAGAUUAUAAAAUCAUGUUCUAUUUGGACUACUUGGCUAUGAUAACAGUACACACGGCCAAGUAUGGAACAAUAGAUGUUAAACCACUUGGUGUGAUAUGGGGCAAAUUUCCACAAUAUAGCUCGAAGAACACUAUAAUGUUUGAUGAUAUCCGUAGAAAUUUUAUAAUGAACCCUAAGAGUGGCCUUAAAAUCCGCCCCUUUAGGCAAGCACACUUAAAUAGGGACAAGGACAGAGAGCUAUUACACCUCUCAACUUAUCUGAAGGACAUCGCUCAGCACUGUGAAGAUUUUGACACUUUAAAUCAUAAUAGAUGGGAGAAAUAUAAACCAGAUAAAAAUAAAACUCAGCAAGCAGGCAGCAAACGGAAAGCUGAGGAUAGCUCGCCUUCAACACCAAAGCAAUGACGUUAAAUUCUACUAUGGGCGCAAUGAGUUUCUACUCUGGAAUGGUAUUAAAUAGUGCCCUUUUGACAAGACGGCAUGGUGUGCUUAUAUACAGUUUUCCCAUAUAAAAUACUAAUAUACUUAUUUAAUAUAAGGUGACAUUUUGAAGGUGAGGAAUGCCAAUGGCAUUAAUGGAAUAGAAGAAUCUGUGGAGAAAAGAGCAAUCAAAAUAUAAACUAUAGUGUGAAUAUAUGCAUGUGUUAUAGUUAUAGCUUUGUCAUAAUACUAUCCAAAUUGUAGAUAUAUUAGAAAUUCAUUGUAAGAACGUAACUGAAACCAUUGGGAUUGUUUUAAGGGGUUUUGGGACUAACUUGCUGAAGUUAGUUAUGUUGCGCUUAAGGUAUUUCCUUGGGAACAUUAGCUUUUAAAAAGUUAAAAAGACAAUAAUAAUGCACCAGUUUGUAAAAUAAUUAGUAAAUAAUUAUGUCGCCGGUAAUCCGCAUAGUUCAGAUAUUGUAUACAUUGUACACUACAUUGUACAUUAGUACGAAAAUUAUUUUUCGGGUAUCCGGCUACCGGAUAUUCAACCCUUUAUCGUAUUCACGCGAUUUGUUUGAUUUGAAUAUAAGUAUGCUGUGAAUAUGGAGUGUUGAAUGAGAGCGGAAAAAUUGAAGCGCGUUCAAAGAAGAUGAUUAAUGAGAUUGGUAUUUUCUUUUUGUUAUUUUGGUGGUCAGUUAAUCUGAAUCAGUAUCCGCAUCCCAUUGUGAUAUGAUUUACUU